UCGGGGGGGAGCCGGGGGAUCGGGGGGGAGCCGGGGGAUCGGGGGGAGCCGGGGGAGUCCGGGGCUGCGGCAGGUGCCCUCCGCCCGGCCAGUCCAGGCCGCGGUAGACGCGGUUCUCUGGGGAGGAGCUGCAGCCCCUGGAAGCUGGGCUCUGCGGAGGAGGGCGCCUGGAGUGGGCGUCACUGGGGCCUCUCAGGGCGAGUUCCCCGCCUGCCCCCCCCUCCCCGAACCCAUCUUCUCCGGACCGAGGGGCCGGGAGCUGGGCGGCACUGACACCCCCGCCCCGCCCCGCCCCGCCCCGCCCGCAGGGGUGAUGCCCGCGGUAGCCGGGGUCCCGGGAUGCAGGGAGGUGCCUGGGAAGCAGGGGAGGGCGGGGAGGGCGCUGAGCUUCGAGCCGGCCCGGCUGGCCUGGGGCUUCUGUCCCGAGGUUCAGGCCGGGUCCCGGUCCCCUGGCCCCGAAGUUCGACUGACCCUCCCCGCAGGCUGCUUGCGGGACCACGGACGGCGGUACCGGGCCGACCAGCCCUCGGCCGCCCCGGGCCACCGCUGCCUCAACUGGCUGGACGCACAGAGCCGCCUGCCGGGCCCCGCGGCAGGGCUCGGCAACCACAGCUACUGCCGGAACCCGGACGGCGACCCGCGGGGACCCUGGUGCUUCGUUAGCGGCGAGGACGGCGCCCCCGAGAAGCGGCCCUGCGAGGACCUGCGCUGCCCAGAGACCUCAUCCCAGGCCCUGCCGGCCUCCACCACUGGAACCCUGGAGGAGGUGUCUGAGGCCCCAGGCAGAGAGGAGGGGCAGGUGUUCGCACCCGCCAAUGCCCUUCCUGCUCGGAGUGAGGCCGCUGCCGUGAGGCCCGUGAUCGGCAUCAGCCAGCGCGUGAACUCCAACGGGAAGAAGGACCUGGGGACCCUGGGCUACGUGCUGGGCAUUACCAUGAUGGCGGUCAUCAUAGCCAUUGGAGCCGGCGUGGUCCUGGGCUACACGUACAAGAGGGGGAAGGACCUGAAGCAGCAGCAUGAGCAGAAGGCGAUGGAGAGAGAGAUGCAGCGUGUCACCCUGCCCCUGUCGGCCUUCGCCAACCCCGCCUGUGAGGUCGUCGAUGAGAAGACGGUCGUGGUCCACAGCAGCCAGACUCCGGUGGACCCACAGGAGGGCAGUGCCCCCCUCAUGGGCCAGGCGGGCACCCCGGGGGCCUGAGCCCCCAGAGGCAGGAGCUCGGGCAGACUCGGGGUGCAGGACAGCCUCCCCUCCCUCUGCUGGGAGGAGCUACAGUUUCUGUUGUGGUUCAGACCCCUCCUCUUUCCUUUCUGUUUUGGAUGUGUGAAAACCGUGAAGCAGGCAGCGCUGUGGACCCCUCAGCAGUUGUGUCUGGGUGGGGAGAGCUGUGUGCUGCUGACAAGGGCUGCCAACACCUCCCGUGCCCUGACUGGAACUGGUGACUGCCGGGAGCACCCUGGCUCUGCUCUUCCCACCCCUCCCCAGGGGCCCGAACGGUGCCCACAUGAUUUCAGAGCUGGGGUUCCCUUUUGCACGCGACUCUCCACUGACCUCUAGGAACCAGAAAUGAGCUUGUACAAGUCAGCAGGUGGGUGGAUAAUGGGAUCAGGAUGGGGACUGUUGGGGUGGGGGGAGUGGGGGUGGCUUGUGGGCAAUGAUGUGCCUUGACAGUCGUGGGCUGGCCCAGGCCCAGGCCCAGGCCUCUUCCUGUCUGGACAGGAAGGGAGGAAUCACACUGAACAUUCAACUUGGGUAGAGGGCAGAGGAUCCGUGGUUGCCUUAGGCCUCAGGAGUGGAGGUGGGCCUGGGCAUCCCAGCCCAAGUCUGCAGGGUAGAUGUGACCAAUUUGAGCAGUUGCAGUUUGCAGGGUGGGGAAGACAGUUGGCCAAGCUGCAGGGCUGUGUGGGGGUUCUCACACGCUGCUCUAGAGAGGCCAGCCUGGAAACCAGGCUCAGGGGCCAGGUCGCAGAGCGCUUCAGAACAGGCUCCUUCGUUCCAGACCUGAGUGUGUGGGUUGCCUCCGGGCCGGUGCCUUCCCUGGGCUGUGGAGCAAGGGGCACAGUCCGAAACUUGUAAAACAAUCAGAACCACUGGGAGGAUGUCAGGGUGUCUCAUUUUGGAUACAGGGCCAGAGCGAGAAGAUGAGGCCUGAGCUCCUGGAGCAACAUACUGGAGGGCCAGGGAGGCACUGCUCAGACUGUCACUGUGCUGGCUCACGGGCCAGGGAGGCACUGCUCCGAUUGCCACACUGUGCUGGCUCACGGGCCAGGGAGGCACUGCUCCGACUGCCACACUGUGCUGGCUCACGGGUCCUCCCCCGUGGAGCACCCUCCCAAAGCCUUUUCACACCCCACCUGAGAAGGGGCUGUCUUCAGCAGCUGGAUCUGGGAGUGGUUUGCUGAGGGACCUCAGGCUAGGGGGGCCCUCUGUCAGCUGAAGAAGAGACUGUCACUGGCUUCUACGUUUCUAGACUUGGUUCUCUGUACACAGGUUUUAUAUACCUCAGUCUGACUCCUGUAUAUAUAGUGCAGGAUGUUGGCCCGCAUUCGACUUACAUAAAUUAAAACUGAAAGACUU